AUGAGUUCUUAUUAUGUGGAUGGUCUUCUUAGCAAAUAUACGGCGGGCAGUUCUCUCUUUCCAAACGUGGAGCGGGCUUCUUGUAGUAUUGGACCCAGUGGAGAGGACUAUGCCUCGACUCGGACUGCUGCGGCCAUCGCGUUUGCACCGUCUCUGUCUGGAGUUUACAGCGUCAAUAAUGCACCAGUGUACCAGAGCCGCUCCAUGUUUACCUCGGGAUAUGGCAUGGGGCAGGACGCGCGCACACUGCACUGCAGCCUGUUUGACCAGAGUCGCCUGUUCACCGACAGCUGCUGCCAUCCGGAGCCGGGUCCCCUCACCUCGCCGCCGGACAAACAAUACCGGAUGUACCCCUGGAUGAGAGCAUCAGAUCCAACCCGAAAGCGGGGGCGGCAGACCUACUCUCGGUACCAGACCCUGGAGCUAGAGAAGGAGUUCCACUUCAACCGGUACCUGACCCGCAGGCGGAGGGUCGAGAUUGCCCAUGCCCUCUGCCUCUCAGAGAGACAGAUCAAAAUCUGGUUUCAGAACCGCAGGAUGAAGUGGAAGAAAGACCACAAGGAGGAACCGGUGUCCACCCCCGGGGAAAAGGACGGUGAUAUUCUGGCAGUGCCAGAAGCCGGAGAGCCCAAAGCUGGAGACAUCCGGAGCGCCGGUUUGGAGUCAGAAACGGCUGCAAAGUAACGAAAGACCGGAACAGAGAAUUAAAUCAAAGAAACGCACUGUUUAGUAUGAAUACGGGAUACAUCUCAGAUGUUUCUCAUAUACCAUUCAUGCACUAAGAGCCUAUAUGCUGAUUAAUUGAAUGACAGCUGAAGGCCAUUAUGUAAUAAGCAUUUAACAGUAGGCUGUGGGUCUGUAUUUCACAUUUAAACCCAAAAUACAUAAAGAGGCUCCAGCAUGAAUGAGCGAUAAUGACUACCUUUCCAAACUAUAUUUUUAUAUAUGCAAUACGAUAUAUGUAAUUCCCCCUGAUUGUACUACUGAAUCAACAUUCCUUAACGAAAAACUACCUAAUAUUUUCCUGCUAAUAUUAAAACACUGACACAAGGAAUUCAACGUUAAGUUGAAAUUGACUGUAGGCUACAUUAAUCUAUUCUACCUAUUCGAGUAAUUCUUCUCCACAGAAGGUUGUCUUUUCUAAAGGUAACAAUACACUAUUGUGCGCAAAUUUGCCUAAUUUUGAGUAUAGGCUAAUUAAAAGUGAACUUUGUAUUGGUUAAAUGCCUCCAACUGUGAUUUAGCUGCUUUCAUAGAUGUCAGUAAGUCUACCGCUGUAUCGUUUUUUUUUUAAAUAAGUAUAACUGCUUAUCACUUAGAAUGUUAAUAUGCCUGUUUUCGAUACUAAUUUACCUCUUUAUACAUCCCAGGAUUAACACACAUUUGUUUAGUUUCGGAUGAUCUACCUCAGAUUCCCAGAAAGUCAACUUGCUUAUAAUGUAAACCGGAAUACCCAUUUGUAAAUGUUUUGAAGUCUUAGCCGUGUACUUUAAAAUGUUCUUGUCUAUUAUAUUAAGAAACAAAUUCAGCCUCAACAUUUCACAAUUGUAUAUGAAUUGGCUAUUGUGAUCUUAAAUGUGCAAAUACUGUGAUAUAUUCAGGUUCAGUGCUUACGUUCUUAAUGUGAAGUACAACAUGUGAACAAAAAAAAUAUCAAAAGCCCCUGGGAAUGUUUUAAAUCUGUAAAUGAAAAUAAUUGAAUAAAAUAGCCUUUACCUGUCUAUUUGUUUGCAUGUAAUAUUUGCCUUCAAUAUUUUCGAAUUUAAUAUUGUGUAACCACAACAAUGAUACUAACCACAGUCAUUAUAACACGCGCCGAUUGAGUGAUAUGUUGCUCCCAGUCACCAGUAGGUGCUGUUUAAUGUGGCCAAGAUUGGGUGGCAUGUAAUGAAACAUGUUGCAGUCCAUUAUCAGUGUUAAACACUUACGUUGGGGAAUGUGAACUAUUAGAAAGCGAGAUGGGACAGGCUACAGAUGAAGGAAAUUACUGUUGAACUCUGCAUUCCCUC